AUGUAAUAAUAAAAAGAAUAUAUUCCAAUAGUUCUGAUUGACGACAAGAUUAAAUAGUAGAGAAUCGAAACAGAAUUUACAGAAGAGAAGUAUUGACAUAUUUUAAUAUUUUUCUAUUUAGACUACCAUUAAUCGAAUCCGUAAUUAAAACAAGCAAAACAAGCACUCAUCUGCUAAAUUCCAGAACCUCAUCUAAUAAAUAUAUUAUUCCAACUGGUAUCAAGCCUAUUGUUUUCCCCAACAUUCUCUAAAAAACCAAAGAAGAUAUGAUUAAAUUGAGGAAAUAUCAAUUAGCCUAAUUGCACUUUGAUGGUGAUUAACACCAAAAUGCUGCUAUUUUGAAAACAGAAAACAGACCUAAGAAAACUGAAAGGGAUAAAUCGAGCCAAAAAAUGUAUACUUAAGUUACAAAAAAUUCAUACAACAAGCCAAUAAUAACUGAACUCACCACUCUCGCCAGAGACAAUUAUAGUGCUUCACCAAGGUCAGACUCCUUCAAAUUUAGAAGUUUAAGUCCAGAAAUUGAAAGCUAAUUAUGGUAGGUGAACAACAAAGUAAAUCGGAUUAAUAAGGCAUAUGAAAUACAAAAAGAAAUCCAUCAUCUAGAACGAUUUAAGACUCAGUGGAAAACAGAUGUAAUACAAUAAAACUUAUCAUAAAAAAUUGUGCAAGUAGGUUUAAAUACAAAAAAGGGUCUAAGACCUAUAUUCAUCUUAAUUUAUUUACCACAUCAGAAUAUUCAUUUGAGAAGUUCCCAAACUGAAGUCAAAUCAAUGUAAUUAUAAUUCAUGUAUAUUCAGAACAAAUGAAGUUGAAUUAAGUGUGUUUCCUUAUUUCGUCCCUGUCUAUGAGAAAAUAAUUAAUGAAAAGGAAAUUCAAGAAAAUUAUAAGGAAUGGUUCUCGUAUUUUCUUGACAUCCUACAUUACAGAAGUUACAUUCCCUCUGCCAAGACAUUCACUUUGGACAGUAUUGAAAUUUCAGCAUUAACUUAAAUCCCACAGUACGAGAAGUUUCUAUACAUCCAAUUAUAAGUUAUGAUUUACUUUAAAUUAGGGCUAAUUCGAUUUUUGGAGUAUUAUGAAAUCAAAAUUGAAUCUUUCGGGAGAAUUUUAAGUCGACAAAUAUCCAAAAUUAGCAACUAAACUAUUAGAUCUUAGAAGCAAAGAUGAGGUCAGCAGAUUUUUUUGUAAAAGAGAAAAUUUGUUGCCAUUUUAUUUUCGAUAAGUUUAGAUGGGAAGUCAAACCUCCAUACCCUCUCAAUAUUAUAUUGAAAUCGAAAAUAAUAUUAGGGAACCUGAUGAUGAGAUGUUUGAAUAAUCUAUCAUUUAAAUGAACGAAAAAGAAUAAGAUACUUACUUAAAAGUAUUGUAACAAUACAUCCAUUCAAAUAAAUCGAAAUAUUCUAAGAAAUUAAAGAAUCUAGAAGAGAAUAUGAGACUGCGAUUAAAGAAGAUCAAAGCAAUGAGGAGAUAAUCUAUUUAAGUCAGACUGAAAACUGUACUUUUAUAUAAUUAUAUUAAAAGAAACAUUUUCUUAGACCUCAAGAAGAAGAGCAUUUUGAAAGGAAACUAUUAUAUGAGGAUGAAAAAUCAAUAGAAGAAAUCUAAGAGGAUGCGUAUGAUCAUAUUUUACCUUAAAAUACACAUAUUUUUAAGAAGAAAUCUAAACAGAUUACAUCAGUAGAGGAUCCCUUUUAAUCUUUUAGUGCGAAGGAUAAUCAAAAAUUUAAGGAAAUCUUACAAUUGAUAAAUGUCGAGAAAAUAGUGUUAGAGAAGAACUUAUCAAGACAAGAUGUUUAUCAUUACCUGUCACUUUUUAAGGCUUUGAUGGAUUCAGAUACUCCUUAAAGAAUUAAGGAUGUAAAAUAUCCAACUCUAUUUAUUUCACUGGAUUAGUUGCGCAGAGGUGUUCCAUUUAUCGCAUUAUAUAAGAAUAAGGUUAACACCAAGAAACUGGCAGAAGUGUACAGUAGAAAAUACAAUUAUUGCGAAUUCAUGGAAUUUUUGGAUAUAUUCACUACGGAUUACAAGGUCACUGAGUAGGAAUUGUAGGAGGUGGAAUAGGAAAUAAUAUAUUCUUAAUAGAAGCCAAAUCAAGGAACAUCUUCUGUUUUAUAGAAAUAGGCAUCUGUAAUUUUGGGAACAGAGAAUCAAAAAAAAUGAAGUAUAUUUUGAUAUAGCUGUUCAUUAAUUUUUAAUAAC